AUGAGAGCAAAGGGCGCCAAACGAACAAAAGAGCGAACAGUUUAUCGCCAAAUAGUCGAAGACAGUCGACCGCUUCUCCUGAAGACCGACGGCUUCGAGACACUCGACGAAGUGUGCAAUAUAUCGGACAACUCUCUGGGGAAAGACUCGUGGAAUGGAAAGUCAAGGCAUUCAAGCCAUUCAAAUGAAUUAAAGAGUAGUAGACGAGAGUCUCAUAGGAGUGAUAGGGAUAGGGAUAGGGAGUCGUCGAGCGCUCACAACAACAACAAAGACGAUGCCUUAGAGGCAAUCAGUGACGACGAAUUGGAUGCCAUUAUCGGCGACUCAGAUCCCAGUGCUGUUGACACGAGUGUCGACGCAAAGACGUCGAGCUCGAGCCGACAGGUGUUGGACGCGUUGGAUAUCGAUUGGGGAAGCCUUGUGACGGAACCCAAAGCCAAACUGGAGUUCAUUCCGGGGUCGGCGCGCAAGAGGUUUAGCGCCGCCAACGUUCUCAUGCGGAUCGGCUUCUCUCAGGCCUACGCCGGCCAACAGAUGACGCAAAAACUGAUCGACUUCUGUCAGAGCGAACUCAAGGAGGAGUUUGUGCCCUUCCGUCACCCCAUGGCUGCCGUCCACUCCAUACUCGGCGAACGCAUCAAAGAGCGCCUAAACCUGUUCGGCUCCGACACCACUCCGGCCACUGUAUUGAGCGGCCGAAAGGAGUUGCAGAUCAGGAAAAUCAGCGGCGGCGACGACGACGACACCUCAAUCGACAGCCACUUCUACUACCACUCCGCCAGUGAAUGA